AAUAAUACAUUUAUCCUUUAAAAAAUUAAGAAGUUUUGAUAUCUUUUUUUUUUUUUUCAAAAAAGGGGUCCCAUGUACUUGAGAAAUUGAUGUGUUUCUAGAUUAGUUAUAGGAAUGUCAAAAUACACAUUCAGGGAACUUUAUAUAGAAAGUGCCUGGAAAUGUGGUUGAAGGCAAAUGUGGUUGAUGCACAAUUGCCUUCUGACUUUUUAGUUUUGGGAACGAUAAAGGAAAAUGUAUCCGAAAUUUUACAAGUUUUCUACACAAAACAACAAAAAAACGAAGAAAAUUAAGACUUAUUUCCUCAACUCUGGCCCUUUGCUGAUAUGAAAACAAUCAAAUUUCCUUCUGUCAACUAUAUAUAUUGCUAGAUACAACCUAGUCUUGGCCAUUAAAUGCACAUUCCUCUGUUUUUCUUUUGAUUUUAUUACACAAAUUAAUUUGGGUUUUUUUUUUGGGUAAUUGGUAAUUUCUUGAAGGAGUAUGGCAGAAUCCACUGUCAGAUGUGAGAAUCUUGAGGCGCACAAUGCAGAAGAAGAUGGUUUAAGUCAGAAGGCUGAAACCAGCAACACCAACUCGACAGUAUGUUGUAUAUGUAUUCAAGAUGAUGGAAAUGGCAACGAUGAUGCUGCUGCUGCCGAUGCCAGUGACUUGAAUCAAAUGGGAAACAUCGACUCAUCUGCUCCUCUUCUGCCAUUGCCAGAGACUGACCAGUCCAUCAGAGUAGGCGUUGAAGGAGACGACGAUGAUGGCGUCGGCAACAGGGAAUAUGGCCUGGACGAGACGCCCACUACCAUUGAACGCUUAGAACGGAUCUUCCUCAUCGUGAACUUCGUUAUAGAACUAUCAACGGCGGUUUUUGAUCAGCUUUCUUCUGUACAUAAGCCCCACUUUGCACUGAUCAGCUUGUUAAUGUCUUCGGUAGUCAUGUUGAUUUCAGUUGCGAUUCUCGUUUACAAGGGUCGAAAACAGAGAGUUAAAUGGAUGAAGAGGGGGCUGAUACCUUGGUUUUACUAUCCAUCGCCAAAUCACAAGCCUUUUGGGGCGUUUCCAGACAUUAUUGGCCUCGUUUGCGCCUUCUUCCAAUGUGUUUUUUCAACAAUAGGUUAUGGUUUUUUGUCCCGACAUGCAAAUAAUCCUGUCAAAGUAUCUUUUUGGCCGAUCAUAUUCGCCGGUGGCCUAUUGUACUCUGGAUUUGUUGGAAAUCCAUCCAAGGGAAAGCCGUUGAUCGACACUUCAGCUCACAAGCAAAUGGAGAUGAGGAGUAGCGUUGAGAUUGUAGAGAUGGCGUUAGUUGAUGGCAGAGGAAACAGGCGGAAGGGGGCAACUCUUGAGCAUUUGGAAUUACUAAGAAGGUUUGAGCAACUAGAAAUGCUCAAGGACCUGGGAAGACUGAACCUCUUAGAAAUGUUGAGCGCUAAUCUCGAGGUGAGCUCCGAGCAAUUGGAAAGGCACAGGACCGAUGAUCAUGGGGCACUUGGAAAUGAUGUGGAAGCCUCGUAUGUAGCACUUACUGGAGAUGAGGGGCGAAAUUCGAAUAUAAUGGUAAGCCCAUGAACAAUCAGAUACGCAAAAAUUGAAUUGAGCCUUGACACGAGCAAAUUUGAAAUGGGGGCAGAGCAGCAUGUUCAAAAAAUCACAAACUCAAGCUAUUUGAAGAUCUUCAGUGAAGUCGCAGCUACGAAGCACAACCUUUCAUGUGAUGCACUAGGAGUUGUCACUUAACAAAUGGAGCUAUUAAUUAAAUUUUACUUUGUAUAAUGUUUAUUUGUAUAUGACGAUGUUAACAAUUUACUUGUAUAUAAUCGAAUUUGGUUGUUAGUGAAAUAUAGAAAGC